AUGACUGACGCGUCGCCGGUGAUGCCGCCGCCAGAUGGCGCAGCAACGCCCAUCAUUGUCGUCCCCACCGCCGAGGACCCGGACGCCGCCGUGACCGACGUGCACCUCAGCGCGAAGGUGUUCAUGGUCAACCUCGGCCAGGAUGUGCAGACAACGGUGCUUGGCCGCUUCCGAAACCUGCAGGGCGGCGUCCACUCACAGCUGCGCAACCUGCAGAACAACCUUGUCAACCUGCGCCACUCCACCGGCAUCCCGGCCGAGGCGCUGCACAACCGCUGGGUCUACCACUACAACCACUCUGCCCUCGGCAUCCACAGUCUCCGUAAGCUGUUCGACGUCAUCGAGCAGCGCUACUCCCAUGUCUCUAUCCUCCUGCUCUUGUGCAACGUCGGCCUCGAGGCCGCCGCCUUCGCCAUCUACCUUCACGUGCAGAACGGCCACGUCACGGAGGACUGGCGGGAGUUUGACUGGGGCCUCGACUACUUCAUCGCCGAGGUGCUGCUCAGCGCCGUCUUCAUGGCCAGCUGGAUCUCGCUGCUGGCGGUGGAGGCUAAGAAGUGGAGCUACCUACUCAACACGCGCUCCCUCAUGAACUACCUCAGCAGCGGCUGGAUGCUGCUGCUCGCGCUUGCCGCGCUCCUCACGCUGGACCGGGCCUGGACGCACGUCUACGCACCCAUGUUCCUGCGCGUGUGGUGGCUGCACGAAAGCCUACUGUCGCUGCUCAACUACCCGCAGGUCAGCGUCUACUUCACCGAGAACCGCCUCGAGAUGGUGCGCUCCAUGAUCCAGUGCAUCGCCGUCGUCGGCAUCAGCGUCGGCAUCCUGCAGGCCGUCGAGAGCUUCUGCGGCGACCCUGUCGAGUACUUCGACGUGAUCUACAUGAUGCUGCUGUCCUUCUCGUCCAUCGGCUACGGCGACGUGACGCCGCUCACGGUGCAAGGCCGCCUUCUCAUGAUCAUCUUCAUCGGUGUCGGCUUCAGCUACUUCGUCCCCAUCUUGCAAUACGUGGCCGACCUCGGCGUGUACCACCUCUCCUACGCGUACUACGCCACGUGGCUCAAGCGCACAGACCACGUCGUAAUAUGCGGUCACCUCGGCUACAACGAGCUGCGCAUGCAGCUGAAGAACAUCUUUGCUGAGGACCGGCAUUACCUGAACAUGAGUGUGGUGCUGCUGCUCCGCGAGCAGCCGUCCGCCCAGGUGCUGCUGCUGCUGAACUCCCCCAAGUACCGCAGCGCGGUGCACCUCCUCGUCGGCGAUCCGGGGGUCCCGACGGACCUCGAUCGCUGCAACGCGCGCGGUGCCUCGGCCAUGUUCCUCUUGGGUGCGGGCACCAACUCCAGCUACUACAGCGACUACGACCUGGCCGCGCAGACCAUGACUGUCAACGCGCUCGUCCCCGAUCUUCCGCUGUACAUCCUGCUGCACCGCUCACGCUACACCAAGUCCUUGAUGCCAAGUCGCGCCAAUGUGCUGGAGUUCGAGCGACUGAACCACAACCUGCUGGGGCUGGGCUGCGUGCUCCCGGGCAUGAUACCCCUUGUCGCCAACCUCAUGCGCAUGUUCGACCCCAUGACGACCGAGGCCCUCUGGGAGCUCCGCGACUUCAAGGAUCUCUUCGGGUUCAGCGGCAGCGAGGCGAGCUUGCGCGCGAUGCGGAAGAUGUUGGCGCGCAAACGCCCCAUGCUCACCUACGGCGCCGCGACGAUCGAACUGGACCUCGGCGCGGAGCCGGACUGGAUGAGCACGUACGAGGCGUCACUCGCCCAGCACGUGGACACGGUGGCGGCGCCGCCGCCGGUGCAGCGGGGCCACUUCACCGUCGUCAGCCUGGCACGCCUGCUGUACCGAACCGAUAUAACGCUCAUCGGUGUUGUGCGCAGCAGCGGAAGCGGCGACAGUGUCGUCGAGCUGGCACCGCGCGGCUCGCUGGUCGGCGUGAAGAAGCUCAUCGUCAUCUGCGACGUGCGCCGCGCCGCGCAGGAAAUCGUGAACGAGGUUGUCAGCGAUGCCACGCGCGGCAGCACCAGCAGCGCCGCGGCCGGCGCCCCCACCAUCCGCCCGCCACCGCCGGCCGGUGUGCAGGCCACCGCCGUCACGGUUGUGCCCAUCCCCGCCAGAGAAGACGCCGGCGCUGUGUGGAACUCCAGCGCCACGGCCACCACCAUCGCGCCCACCCCGCGCGCCAGCCAGACGCCGCUGAAGCCAGUGACGCCACCCGCCACAGCCACAGCAGCGACCGUUAUCGGCGCCAGCGCGGCGGAACUGCCGCGGCAACCGCACCGUGUGGCGUCCCAGCGCACUACAGAGGCGCGGAUGCCGCACACGGUCUCACGCCUCGCGCUCCGUGCCGCCACCGCCGCAGACGACGAGGACGCGGUGUAUUGCGCCCACCCGGCUUGCAAGGCCGCCAGCGUAGGCGCACCGGCCACGGUAACCCCGUCCUCGCCGAUAUUCGCCCCCGCCGCGCACAGCGUGCUGCGCGUGGAGCCGGACGUGCACCACCUCGCCAACCACUACGUCUUCAUCGACCUCUCCAGCGCACACGAACGCACGAACUGGUCGCGUGAGGCCGCCGUCGAGUCGCGCACCGCCAAGGCGGCCGACUACUACGACAUCAUGCGCCCGGUGCGCCAGCACGAUCCCGACAGCAACAUCGUGCUGCUCGCGAACGACACCAACUACGACAGUCUCAUCAACAUGUGGGACGAGGAGGACGUCACCGGCUCCCUCAUAGUUGUGCAGGGCUGCGGCCUCUUCACAUCUGACCUGCGCCGCUGCAACGUCGCCAAGGCGGCCGCCGUCGUCAUCUUCUGCGCCGGCGAUCGCUGCGACGACCACGGCGACUCGCUCUCGGUACUCGUCAUGCAGCUGGUGCGCGAGCUCAUCGACGAGGACACGCCCGGCAGCGCUGCCGACAUCCCCAUCGUCGUCGAGGUCGAUCACGCCGAGCUGGUGCCGCUUUUGGCGCCCGCCAUGACCGUCGCCAAGGACGCCAAGACGGCGGAGUGGGUGUUGGAGCCAAGUUUCAUGUCCGGCUGCGUCGUGUGCCGCCACAUGCUCGACACAGGCCUGCAGGAGAUGUACUUCACUCCCGAGCUGCACGACGUGCUAGAGCAGCUGCUGUCGUCCAAGUCCGAGUCGCUGCUCGUCACCGUCAUGGCGCCGGACGCGGCGUGGACCGUCUACGAAGACGCCACGUCGUUCGCCCUCGACAACGCCCUGCUGCCGCUCGCCAUCCACCGCUUCCACGAGAUGAUCGGAGGCGCCACCAGCAUUUCCUUCCGCUACAUCAUCACCAACCCGCCGCCCUUCUUCCCGCUGCACCCCGACGACUUCAUCUACUGCCUCAAGCUGUGA